GCUUGAAAGGGAGUGAACUCAUCGAUUAAAUGUAAUGGACCGUUUCGACUCGCCGCUCAGAGAAGUGCCCGUAUGUGAAUCAAUUAACUUCCAUCUAGACAAAGCCGGUGGAAAAAGAUUCAAUAACUGAAGAUUUAGGUCAAUACAAUGAUCAUGUAACCGUGUAGAAUUGUUACAACACAGUAAAGAGCCACAUCCUUGUACAUUUUGAGUUACCAAGACCAAAGGACAGGGAGUUGUUAAAACGAUUCACAUCAGAGAAAUCCAGAUAUUUCCAGUCGCAGAGCCGAAUGAUGUCUAAUCCAAGCGGUCAACGUUUGCCCUAUGGGUUGGCAGUGCACCCCAUGUCUGGGAUGGGAGUCCCUGGAAUGGUCAGCCUCCAGCAAAUGCAGGCCCAGGGUAUGUCCGUACCAGGCAUGGUCGGAGUACCCGCGGGCAUGUCUGCCGUGCAGAUGCCGCCGGGGGUGUCGCGGGUGCCAAAUGGCAUGGGGGGUCUCUACCAAGCAGAGAAGCAGGUCAUGUACCCAGGGGGUGUGCCGCAGUACCAGAGCCUUGGACAGGCUGGUCUCCUAGCGACCUCUGGCUCCCUGGGUCAGCCCGGGGCGGCUUACUAUGGGUCAGCCCAGCCAAUGUACAUCCCUGUGUCCAGUCCUGAUGGUCAGCAGAGAUACAUGGUCUCACCAUCAUACGCAGCCUUGCAGCGGGCUAGCCCAUCUAUGAUGUCUGCUGGCUACCCACUGACGCCAGGUCAAGCCUACUCCCUGCAGUACACCCUGGCGGGGCAGAUGCCAGUCACGACGACAUCGCUAUCCAGCCAGGCGGGUAACCCGUACCCGACCUACAUAAACUCCCAGCUGACCCCUCUGCAGAUCCCUGCACAGAACCCCUACGCGGGGCAUCCCCUGUACCCGUCCAACCCAUAUGCGGGCUUGCAGUUCCAACAGGCUCAGAUUCCUGGUGCCCCACAGCUGGCCGGGCGUGUUGCCCAGGUGCCUCAGGGCCUCCCCCUGGGGUACCCGGCCCACUACGCCAACCCCUGACGGUACCCCAUGGCCUACGACCCAGAUGAAAUGGAGUCCUAGGUCCCUUGUUUAGAACUACAUCAGCCCCGUAUUUGCCAACCAAUUCUUCAACUUAAGUGAAAAAAUAAAGAUAAUUCUUAAAACUGUACUAAAAAUUUUGGAAAGUAAAGUCAAGAAUGGCAGUUAAAACCUUAAAAUGUUUAAUUCUUUGUUAAGAGCAAUACGUUCAUGAUAUAAGCACCUUUUUUAGCAUAUUUAUGGAGUAUGAGACUUUUCUUUGUUCUUAAGUCUAAGAUGGGGUUAGUGAAUACGGGCCAGUGUUUCUUCCCGUUAAGCAGUCGUCAAACGUAUGUUUAGAUGGCUGACCCUGUUGGUGUAGUUUAUGUAGAUCUGCAUUUAUGAUUUAUGAUUUACUACACUUGUUUCACCAUUGAUGCUUCUGGUACAUGUGUAUUUACAUAAUGUUAUUAGCAGGCCAUCACUCUUGUAUAAUAUUGUUAUCUAAGAUGAAUUUCAUAUUGAAACAUGUGGCACCUCAUUAUUGAAAGUUUGAACAAAGACACGAAAAUCAGAUGGUUAUCUUCUGAGUCUUUUGUUACAAUUUAUUAAUAUUUACACGUUGUUUUUAUUAAGAUUCAUUCAGUAAACUAACCAAUGGCUAUUUUAACUAGGGAAUUUUCUAAACUCUACAUUAAUUUUGUUUAUGAACCAUUAGUUAUAUCAUUAUAUAAUGAAGUGUUAACUGCAUUUGGAAGAAUUAAAAUGCAAUUUUAACUUUAUUAAAGAAAUUAAUUACAAUGUUUUUUGAUGAUUUUGAACUUGUAUGUGGCAUAGGAUCAUUUUGGUUCAGUGUAAUGUGUUCUUACUUCAUUAAACAUUUUGGAUCUGUCAACAAUUAGCAAUCUACGCAUUAAUCACUUAAAAUGUCAUACCAUAUCGUUCAUAUUUAUUUGUGUUAACUGUAAUGAAUUAAAUAUUGGGUUUUCUGUCUGUUUUGAAUGUCAAACUGAAAUAUGUAUCUAUUUUUGGUUCGUUGAACUGUUGUAAUGGGGUUAUUGCUGCAGAGACCAUUUUUAACCCUUACAGUGCUGGAACCGAAUUUUGAAGGCCUUUGCAAACAGUUUGGAUCCAGAUGAGACACCACAGAACGUGGCAUCUCAUCUGGAUCCAAACUGUUUGCUAUUCUGAUAGUAUUUUUUGAAAAAAAUCGAAGAAAAUGCUAAUUUUAGAAAGUCAGCAGACAACAUUUAAGCAGAUGACAAGUUACCCAGCAUGCAAAGGGUUAAAUGGCAUAUAAACCCUUCGAGUUGUCCUUAAUGUUUGUGUACUGAUGAUUGGGUUCAUUUUUCUGUGUUAGAUGUCACACUUGAUAGGUAGGAGUAUUUCAUUUCAUGUUGUAUUGUUCAACAGUUAAAGAACAUGUCUGCUUAAAUUUUCUGCAAGGUUGCUUAUGACAUUGGAGUUAUUGGAGCAAAUAUCUAUUCUAACACACAAGCUUUUCCUUAAUCUUCCAGUUCCGAAACCAUUGGCUAAUAUCAACUCAGCAAGAAUAUUUCUGCUUUUCAUAGGUUUAUGUACUGUCUCGAAAAUAAUCGCUAAAUUUGUUUAUCGACAGAGGGCAUUUAUGCAUCAAUUAGGGGCCAUUUUCCAGAAACUCCAUAUACCUCGGAAAUUCAUAAAAUGCUAUUCAAUUCUUAUAAUAACAAUGUAAUCUGAAUCUGUAUUAAAUCUGAAUUUGCUGGCGUAAUAAUCUAAUUUUCCUUUUGGUCUUAACUGGUUGAACCUCUUGACGUUGUCAUUCCCACAAUGCAAUGACAUGAUUUGCAAUUACUGGUGUACAGCCUGUAUUCUACGUAAAUACCAUGUACACCCUGUAUUGUCGCUGGCAUGGCUACUUGUUAAUUAAAAGGGACAAGGGUCAUGAAUUUUUUGUGAUUUCAUUUGCAUAUGUAGUGGGUUCAUGGAGAAAUUAAUUAAAGGUCACACAAGCUUAUGAUCCAAUCAGAAUGCAGGGUUUAUGUGAAAAUGCUGAACGUUUUAAUUAAAAUGUACUAGUAUUUGUUCAUUGGUUUCUUGCUUAUAAUAUGUACUCAACAUUCUUUCUGGUAAAUUAAUAAUACUUAAUCUGUCAUCCAUUUCUCUAUAGUUCUCACUGUCAAGAUUAUGAGUUACAUUUUCAUAUAAUCGACUAUUCAGUCAACUAUCUAGAAAGGAAAGUUUGAUAUAAAUCAUUGUAUUGGCUUAAAAACAUGAAUGAUUUUUUAUCUGCAAUUCUUUAAAUGUUUAUCACAUUGUAUAAAGAAUGACUUGGAAGAGUUAAAACACUUGCAAGAAUGAUUAUGUUUUCCACACAUUUACAACAUCUUUGAACUGUUUGAUCCAUCAUUAUUGAUUUGUUCUGUCUUAAUGUUGAAAGUGAUCAAGAGAAGAUGUCUGAAACUAAGCAUCAAAUUACAUAAUGUAAAUAAACAAAAUGAUGUCGCAAUAUUGCAUAUGCUAGGUGUUUUUAAACAUUGUUGAAUACACGAAAAUUUAAUAGUAUGAGUAUCGUUACAUAAAUGCUGGUAUGAAGAUAUGAUACAGUGAUGUCACACUCAGAUCAUUGAUUUGAAAGAAAUUAGCAAAAUAUUUUAAAUGAAUAUUACAGGAAUAGUAUGUGCUGUGCGGCUCAAUUGCAUUCAAGUCCAUUUUGGUUACUGACCAGUAUUUGGCUGUACAUACAGAUUAUUGUAUCAAUCAUUUUCACCAAUUGUUUAUUCAUAUGAUACGCUGUAAGACUUAUUAAAUGUUAUUUGUUUGAGUAAGCUGGCCAUGGGUCUGUGAUGUCAUCUGUGGUAUAAGAUUUGCCUUAAUUAAGAAUCCACUGAGAUUGCUUGAUAUGAUUACCCUUGUACAUUUGGCACGAUGUUUUUAUUAUUGGUGGCUAAGUAUACAAAUUGCAUGUGAAGAUUUUUUACUUAAUUAUUUUUGCACGCAUCCUAGAUGCAGAAAUGACAAUAUACAUAAAUGUAUAAGGAUAUUGACACCUGUAAGAGAAGUUUUAUUUAUGUUUUGGCUUGUGAAUGGAAUGAGCGAUAAAAGUGUAUGUAUUUUGAUAUGAAAUGUGUAAAUCUUGAAAGAUAACUACAUGCUUUUAAAAGGGAUAUUUGAUAGGGUAACUUACCAUAUAAUGUGCAUAAUUUGAUUUUAAAUCCACAAAACUCUUUACACAAUACAAACCGUUUUCAUCGGCAUUAUGAACUGUUGAAAACUUAUUAUGCCCCCCUUCGAAGAAGAGGGGGUAUAUUGCUUUGCUCAUGUCGGUCUGUUGGUCGGUCGGAAGGUCGGUCGGUCCGUCCGUCCACCAGGUGGUUGUCAGACGAUAACUCAAGAACGCUUGGGCCUAGGAUCAUGAAACUUUAUAGGUACAUUGAUCAUGACUUGCAGAUGACCCCUAUUGAUUUUGAGGUCACUAGGUCAAAGGUCACGGUGACUCGAAAUAGUAAAAUGGUUUCCGGAUGAUAACUCAAGAACGCAUACGCCUAGGAUCAUGAAACUUCAUGGGUAGAUUGAUCAUGACUCGCAGAUGACCCCUAUUGAUUUUGAGGUCACUAGGUCAAAGGUCAAGGUCACGGUGACCCGAAAUAGUAAAAUAGUUUCCGGAUGAUAACUCAAGAACGCAUACGCCUAGGAUCAUGAAACUUCAUGGGUAGAUUGAUCAUGACUCGCAGAUGACCCCUAUUGAUUUUGAGGUCACUAGGUCAAAGGUCAAGGUCACGGUUACCCGAAAUAGUAAAAUGAUUUUCAGAUGAUAAUUCAAGAACGCAUAUGCCUAGGAUCAUGAAACUUUAUAGGUAGAUUGAUCAUGACUCGCAGAUGACCCCUAUCGAUUUUCAGGUCACUAGGUCAAAGGUCAAGGUCACGGUGACCCGAAAUAGUAAAAUGAUUUUCGGAUGAUUACUCAAGAACGCAUAUGCCUAGGAUCAUGAAACUUCAUAGGUAGAUUGAUCAUGACUCGCAGAUGACCCCUAUUGAUUUUGAGGUCACAAGGUCAAAGGUCAAGGUCACGGUGACCCGAAAUAGUAAAAUGAUUUUCGGAUGAUAACUCAAGAACGCUUCUGCCUAGGAUCAUGACACUUCAUAGGUACAUUGAUCGUGACUUGCAGAUGACCCCUAUUGAUUUUCAGGUCACUAGGUCAAAGGUCAAGGUCACAGUGACAAAAGUCGUAUUCACACAAUGGCUGCCAGUACAACGGACAGCCCAAAUGGGGGGCAUGCAUGUUUUACAAACAGCCCUUGUUUUAAUUGGUCUAAGUUAUCCACGUACAAACAUAAAUAUUUUGUUUUGAAACAUAAAUAUUUUGUUUUGAACAAACUUUUAAUGAGAUCGGUAUUUGUUGUUUCUUUUCCUUUGAGAUGUUUGUUUAAAAUGUUGUUUUCUGUCAGAUGUUAAGAAAAGUGAUCAGGAAUGAGUGAAAUCCAUCAUCAAAUUGUAGACGUGGAAUAUAGUAUCAUUUAAAAACUUGCAGACACGUUUGAAGAAAAAAAAAUGUAUUCGCAGGUCAAAUGUCAUGAACUUAUGCUGUGUUCACCCAUAUCUUGUAUUUUAUUAGAUCUGAGAUGUUAUUGAUUUUUUUUGUUCAUUCGCAACUAUUUUUGUUGCAUUUUGGUAGUCUUGAUGCCAUUGUUCGAAUGACGUUGUUUUAUAUACUUGCUUUCAUAAUAAAUGAUAUUUCUUCAUGACUUUUCAAA